AAGGACGCCGCUUUUAAGCCUAGAGAAAAUGAGCAUAAAAAAUAUUAAAACUUUUCGAGAAUCUGCGCUCAGAAGCUUCACCCCACCGGUUUUUCUUCUGUUAGCACGACGGUGUGAGGAAGAGAGUGGCGACCGAGAGAUGUCGAAGAAGCUGCUGCAGCCAAUAGGCCAGAAGAGGCUGACGAACGUGGCGGUGGUUCGUUUGAAAAAGCACGGGAAUCGUUUCGAGAUUGCUUGCUACCCGAACAAGGUCCUUUCAUGGCGGUCUGGCGUAGAGAAAGAUUUGGAUGAAGUAUUGCAGUCGCAAACGGUUUAUUCUAAUGUUUCCAAGGGAGUUCUUGCCAAGUCCAAAGAAUUGAUCGCUGCGUUUGGGACAGAUGACCAGUCGAAAAUCUGUUUGGAGAUUCUGAACAAAGGGGAGCUUCAAGUUGCAGGGAAGGAGAGGGAAUCACAGUUGUCCAGUCAGUUUCGGGAUAUCGCAACGAUUGUAAUGCAGAAGACGAUAAAUCCCGAAACUCAGCGGCCUUACACUAUCAGCAUGAUUGAACGAUUGAUGCAUGAAAUCCACUUUGCUGUUGAUCCACAUAGCAGCUCCAAGAAGCAGGCACUAGAAGUUAUUCGCGAGCUUCAAAAGCAAUUCCCCAUCAAGAGAGCGCCAAUGAGAAUACGUCUCACUGUUCCUGAAAACACUUCUUCUUCACUUGUUGAAAAGCUGAAUGCUUGGGAAGCUACCAUAACUGCAAGGGAUUCUUCUGGAAGUCAGCUGUCUUUUGUUUGUGAAAUCGAGCCAGGUUUCUUCCGAGACUGUGACAUCUUGGUCAGGAAUCUUCAAGGCCGAAUGGAAAUUCUAGCAGUGUCCGUUCAUUUCGAGGGGGACACACAUGUGGACGACAUUGCCGAUCAUGUAGACCUGCAACCAUCCCUCCCCACCAAGGGCUCCGCCGACACCAUUGCUCAACUCUCUGAAAAAAUUCAGAAACAGACCAUCUCCUCCGCAGCACCAAAGAAAGUCGAGGCAAAGCAGAAUCAGUGCAGCACGUGCAGUGCAGUCGUGGGGGAUGCUAAGGAGUACAGGGAACACUUCAAGAGCGACUGGCACAAACAUAACUUGAAGCGGAAGACACGUAAUCUGCCACCUCUCACAGCAGAUGAGUGCUCUGCUGAUGUGAACUUGGGUGACUCUAAAUCUGAUUUGAAAGAUUACUCGUUUUGAGUUUGUAGUAGUUGGGAAAUAUUUGUUCUGUUUUUGUAACCCGAGAGGCUUCUUAUAUUGAUAGGACUCAGGGUACAGUCGCCUGUGUAUUAGCCAUUAGCUUAUUACGUCUGUCCCGUGUCACUGCACAGAACAAGAAAGAACCUCAAAGUCGGCUAUGAGUUUGCAGAACCCAUGUUUGGUGGUUGACAAAAGCUAUUGGAAGAAUCAAGUUUGUAGGUGGAAUCCUCAGGGCCGGCAGGUGUGUCGGCAGGCCCUCCGACACACAGCCUCUAUAUCUUCAUCGUGUAUAUCAGUAUAUGACUAAUUAUUAUUACGGGUUAUUGGUUUCGAUCAUGAAUGGAAAAUUUAUAAAUUGAGUUUUGAUUA